AUGGCUCCGCUUGAGGAAGCAUUGUGGAUGUUUUUGAAAGGAAAGGAAGAUGUUGGGAAUAUGAUUCUACAGGCUGAUGAAUCUCUCAGUGCAGAAGAGCAGGAGAAAGAGAAUGAAAUACUGCAGCAGCAUCAAAGAGGCCUGGAGGAGCAGAAACAUUUACAGGAGCAGAUGGAGAGAGAGCAGGAGAGAAUCAGGAGAGACAAUGAGCGAGUCCUGGAAUCCGAACCCAAGAAAGAAAAGAAAGAUGAUGAGAGUAAGAUUCUACAGGCUGAUGAAUCUCUCAGUGCAACGGAGCAGGAGAAAGAGGGAAAGAGUUUAGGUUCACCACCCAGAGCUGAAUCAUCCACAGGACAACCAACCUCAGAAAGUGCAGAAGAGUUCACACCUGAAAUCAUUCACACAGAAGAUGAGGACAAACACAAAAAUACAUACAGAUUUGUGUCUCCUCAUGCUGGUCAGUUUCAGUGCAGUUUGACCAGUCUCGUGUUUGUGAUUGAGGGUGAAGGAGAGGUGCUGUAUAGAGUCGUCUCGUGGGAUCCUCGUCUGUUAGAUGGUUUAGGUCAAAUUCAGCCUGUGGGUCCCUUAUAUGACAUUGACUGUAUUAAUGGCUCAAUCUCAAGACUGCACCUUCCUCACUGUGAAAUAUUUUCUGAGGGGGACAACAGGCAUGGUUUGGCUGUAGCACAUUUCACAGCUGGGAAUAUUGAAAUAAUUCAGCCAAUUAAAGUGACAGAAACUCAUGUGAUGAUUGACAUCAGAGAUCUCUCUCUAUUUGGACUCCUCUGGAUGAAGAUAUUUAGUCACCCCAUUAGUGGACAAGUUUUGCUUUUCCUUCGAACGCUACCUGUUGAAGAGAGAGAGAAAAUACUGAAUGUCCACUUGCUUCCAGGGAAUGUUCCUGUACCAGAGGUCCAGCUCUGCCACCGGGAUAAAAAAUACAUUGAGACAACUUCAAAGUGCCAGUUGUUUUUUGAGCGAGAAUACAGUCUGUGUUGCCAGCCAGAGAACUGUCAAGUGCAACCAACGAGUGAGAUUUUUGACCAUAAUAAUUUUGGUCCAAAUUUUCAUCCUACAUUUGAAGUGUUUCUGGGUGUUCACGUUAAGGAGGUCGGACUGGCUAUCUUAGACAAAGCUGAAAAUGGGAAACAAGUGUGGAGCAGACCGCGAAUAUUACUCACAGCACCAAGUCAAGGAGUAGAAGACCACAGAUUGACUCCAGAAAGUGAAUUUGUGGAUGCCCUCAGAGAUAAACUCAUUCAAAGAGUUUCAUCUGUGAUGGCGAUUGCUGACAGCCUGAAGAGCAAACACAUGAUUACAGAUGAAAUAUACAGCGAAGUUCAGGAUGCCAAUACAAAACAGAUGAAAAUGAGAUGCCUGUUUAUAGCUCUGGACUCUGGAGGAGCUUCUGUAAAAACAGAGUUUUACCGUCUGCUGACGAAGAAUGAACCCCGUCUAGUAGAUGAAUUGGAGUCUGAACACAGCGGAUCCAGCGGUCCUCAGUAAUGCUGAGAGUGAGUCUGAAGCAUAAACUACAGCUUUAGGGUAAAUAUACAGGACUGUGUCUAACAAGAGUUUUCAGAAGCUCUUUAGUUAAUAAAGUAACUGAUAUCAACUCCACAAGUAAGUGUAAAACUGUUCUUGUUCUCAUGCAUGAUUGAACCAAUGAACCACAGAGCACCAAACCCUCUGAACAGUCCCACAAAAUUGCUUCAAAUCUGAAAUGAGGCUUCAUGUGUUUUAGCAUGUUGUCGUUUUAUUUUCAAAUCUUCAAAAACCAUAAAAUAAUGUUUAAACCAU